AGUGCCGUAAGCGAUCGUUUACACCAGGGAUUACCAGCGUAAACCGUCGCUAAGCUUGGAUUAAAACUCGAGUCAUGGACUUAUUCCUUAUUAAAUGACUUUAUUACCACCGACUACUGAGCAACAAAAGAAAAUAAAUGAAGAAAUUCCACCGGAUCCUGAAAUGAGACGUAAGGACAUUCAAGCUCUUCGUGAAUGGAUACUAAAACAACCCCAUUUACCAAAACAUAUGGAUAACGAUAGAUUGGAAAAAUUUCUAUUCGGUUGUAAAAAUAGCAUUGAACGUUGCAAGAUGAUUUUAGAAAGAUAUUUCACCGCAAGAACUGCACUUCCGGAGUUUUUUUUACACAGAGAUCCAAUGUCACGUGACAUACAAGACUGUUGUAAAACAAUAGAUUACUUCGUGUUACCAUCGCUAACAGACGAAGGCCAUCGUGUGACAGUACUGCGAUUAAAAGACAAGGAUAUCAAUAGAUUUUCUGUUCAAGCUAUUACGAGACGUAUACUUAUGGUAAUGGAUGCUAGAUUAACUGAGGAAGCUUGUCUUUCAAAUCAAAUGGUUUUUGAUCUUGAGGGAUUUACCGCUGCACAUUUUGCUAAAUGCAGUCCAACACAAGCGCUCGUAAGAAAAGCAAUGCUCGCUGCACAAGACAGUAUGCCAUUACGUUUACACAAAGUUUACUUUAUAAAUGCACCAGCAUUUAUAAAUAACGUUCUUAAUAUUUUUUAUCCUCUACUAAAACCAAAACUGGUAGACAAGUUUCGUGUGCAUUCGGGUGGAGGUGAAGAAUUGUGGUCUUACAUGAAUAAAGAUAUUUUGCCAAAAGAAUGGGGAGGCAAAGCUGGAACAUGUAAACAAUUAAAUGAUGCAUGGAAAAAAAAAGUUGAAAAAUACAGAGACUGGUUUUUACAAGAAGAAAAAUUAAGUAAGACAGAUGAGAAAGUAAGAAUGCCAACUUCUUCGUCAUCAUUUGCACUCGAACUUGGCGGCAUUCAAGGUUCAUUUCGACAACUCAAUAUCGAUUGAAUUUAAUUUCCUUUUAUAUUUUUUUUACUCUUUAUUUAUUCAUUUUAUAACCAUAGACAUUACAUUUUAUUUUAUAAUUAUUUUUUAAAUUUCAUUCAUUAAUUUUAUUCAAAAUAAAAUUCAUCAUUAGCUAUCUCAUUUUCAAUUAUAAAAAAAAAUCUAUUUAGUUCUCAAGUGUCCAGUAGUUCCAUCUAC